AUGCCAAAGGUACAAGGCUCAUUCUUCUUGGAGGAACUUGCAACCACUAUGGGUGUUCGAAGUGCGGCGUGUGUACCGCUUACGGAUGUCCAGCGUGUUUUCCCAACACCAGUGGUGGCACAUGCAAUCGAUACGGAUGUGCAUCGUGUGGUGAAUGUAGCGCGUACGGCUGCCCGAAAUGUGGACCAGGAGCAAUGGGAGGAUCGUGCAAUACCUAUGGCUGCUCCGAUUAUGGUAUCAGUCUACAAAGAUUUUUGUCGUUUCUUACAAACCGAUGUUAAAUUGACUGAUCGAGAUUUAAGAGCUACAGGCGUAUUUACAGUAUGUAACGUACUUCUCGAUGGCGGUGCGUAUGACGGUUUACGCAAUCAUCCUUUGUAUUACGAAAAACGUGCAUAUUUUACCACAAAUCAUCUUGUCAAAUAUGUGUUUUUUACUCGUUGUUUAAAUGAUCGAGUAAAGGAAUUAAUAAAAGAAAUUGACAAUGACCCAGUAAAACCUGACGUUUUUGUGUUGAAUUUAGGGUUAUGGGAUUUGAGCGUUUACGAUGGUACAGUAACUGAAUUAGAAUACAAGAAAAAUUUUGAAGAAGUAUUCACGUUAUUUCGCAAAGUAUUACCAAAAGAAACCAUUAUCUUGUAG